UUAGAGGUGGAGCGCGGGGAGGGCGCGAGGUAGGAGGCGGCCGCCGUUACGGCGCGGGCGUGGUCACGUGGCCGCUGGUCACCGCCGCCGCCACCCCCUCCCGGCCUGUUCUCUCUCUGGUCGGGUCCGGCCCGGCCGGCACCACGAGCGCCCAGCAGAGACUGAGGGAGAGAGAAAGAGGAGGGGAGGAGGAGGAGGAUUCAGGGAGUAGGAGCUGGGGAGCCCUCCUGCGCCACAGAAAAUUUCCAGACUUGGUGAAGAUAGGAAAGCUAUCAGAAAGACUAUAGCACUAUUGUACUGUAUUUGCUGUUUUUCCUGCAGCUCAGUUGAGGGAUAACUCAGCUGAUCUCUAUUUCUUGAUUCUUUAGUUCCGAUUGGCCAACCAAGACUUUUAUUUGGCAAACUCUGUCUUACAGAACCUGACAUCAUCUAUGACCCAUAGCAAGAGCACGCGUUUUCAAGUGUCAAUUAGAUUUGUGGAUCAAUAAGGUUUUCUUGAAAGGUGGUCACUCUUGGUGACAUUGUCCAGUUCUCACAAUGUAUCAUUCCUUAUCUGAAACUAGACAUCCUCUGCAGCCAGAAGAACAAGAAGUGGGCAUUGACCCCUUGUUGAGUUACUCACACAAGCCUGGAGGAGAUUCAAAUCAAAAUGGAAGAAGAACAAGUUCUACUUUAGACUCUGAUGGAACUUUUAAUUCCUAUAGGAAAGAAUGGGAAGAACUAUUUGUAAACAACAAUUACUUGGCAACAGUAAGGCAGAAGGGGAUUAAUGGGCAGCUGAGAAGCAGCAGGUUCCGCAGCAUUUGCUGGAAGCUCUUUCUUUGUGUUCUUCCUCAAGAUAAAAGUCAGUGGAUAAAUAGAAUUAAAGAAUUAAGAGCAUGGUAUAGCAACAUUAAAGAAAUACACAUCACAAACCCGAGGAAGGUUGUUGGCCAGCAAGACUUGAUGAUCAAUAAUCCCCUUUCCCAGGAUGAAGGGAGUCUAUGGAAUAAAUUCUUCCAGGAUAAAGAACUUCGGUCAAUGAUUGAACAAGAUGUCAAAAGAACGUUUCCUGAAAUGCAGUUUUUCCAACAAGAAAAUGUGAGAAAAAUUCUUACAGAUGUUCUUUUCUGUUAUGCUAGAGAAAACGAGCAGUUGCUUUAUAAGCAGGGCAUGCACGAGCUGUUGGCUCCAAUGGUCUUCACCCUCCACUGUGACCACCAAGCCUUUCUUCAUGCCAGUGAGUCUGCGCAGCCAAGUGAGGAAAUGAAAACUCUCUUGAACCCUGAGUAUCUGGAACAUGAUGCCUAUGCAAUGUUCUCACAACUUAUGGAAACUGCUGAACCUUGGUUUUCUACUUUUGAGCAUGAUGGUCAAAAGGGGAAAGAAACCCUGAUGACUCCUAUCCCCUUUGCUAGACCGCAGGAUUUGGGGCCAACAGUUGCUAUUGUUACUAAAGUCAACCAGAUCCAGGAUCAUCUACUAAAGAAGCAUGAUAUUGAGCUUUACAUGCACCUGAACAGACUAGAAAUUGCACCACAGAUAUAUGGGUUACGGUGGGUACGGCUGCUGUUCGGACGAGAGUUCCCCCUGCAGGAUCUUCUGGUGGUCUGGGAUGCCUUGUUUGCAGAUGGCCUCAGCCUGAGUUUGGUUGAUUAUAUCUUCAUAGCCAUGUUACUCUACAUCCGAGAUGCUUUGAUCUCUAGUAACUACCAGACCUGUCUUGGCCUUCUGAUGCAUUACCCACUCAUCGGGGAUGUUCACUCGCUGAUUCUUAAGGCUCUGUUCCUUCGCGAUCCCAAGAGAAAUCCAAGACCAGUGACUUAUCAGUUCCAUCCAAAUUUAGAUUAUUAUAAAGCCCGAGGAGCAGACCUCAUGAAUAAAAGCCGGACUAGUGCCAAAGGUGCUCCCCUGAAUAUAAAUAAGGUCUCUACUAGCCUGAUGAAUUUUGGAAGAAAGUUGAUUUCUCCGGCAGCGGCCCCGGGCGGUGCGGAUGGCCCAGUACCGGGAAGCAGUGGCGGUACCUCCUCCCCGGCUGUGGUUCCCACCAGGACCCUAGCAGAGGCCCCCAAGCAUCCUCUGCAGCAGCAGCAGAGGCUGAUGAAAUCGGAAAGCAUGCCAGUGCAGCUGAACAAAGGACAAAGCUCUAAAAACAUCCGUUCAUCUCCAAGCAUUGAGAGCUUGCCUGGAGGAAGAGAGUUCACUGGCUCCCCACCUUCAUCUGCUACUAAAAAGGAUUCCUUUUUCAGCAACAUCUCCCGUUCACGCUCACACAGCAAAACUAUGGGCAGAAAAGAAUCUGAAGAAGAAUUAGAAGCCCAGAUUUCCCUCCUUCAAGGACAGUUGAAUGACCUGGAUGCCAUGUGCAAAUACUGUGCAAAGGUGAUGGACACUCAUCUUGUAAAUAUUCAAGAAGUGAUACUACAAGAAAAUUUGGAAAAAGAAGAUCAAAUUCUGGUUUCCCUGGCAGGACUAAAGCAGAUCAAAGACAUUCUGAAAGGUUCCCUGCGUUUCAACCAGAGCCAGCUGGAAGCCGAGGAGAACGAGCAGAUCACCAUCUCAGACGACCACUACUGCUCCAGCGGCCAGGGUCACCUGCCCAGGGCCACCAAGCAGGCCCCUUCAGCAGCGCCGCCGGGGCGCAGGGAGAAAGGCGACAUGGACGACUUCAUCCUCGUCUCCAAAGACGACGAAGGGGGCAGCGCCAGGGCGCCCCCGGUCGGCCAGGCUCAGGCCCCGCGGCCCCUCCGGAGCUCGGCCCGGCGCGCCCCGGUGUUCUCAGACCCGCUGACCGGCCCGGCCUCAGCCUCAGCCUCGUCCGGCAGCCCCAGCUCCAGCCCCAGCCCCGACGACGACAGCAGCGGCAACAGCAAGGACUCGGGCUUCACCAUCGUGAGCCCCCUGGACCUCUGACCGCCGCCCGGCCACCCCCGCAGCCCCGUGAAGACGCCUCUGAAACCCAGCCUCUUCCCAGCGCGCACGUGGCCUUGGUGCAGCCCUUUAAACCUGCGGAGAGAAGCAGGGGGCCCGCUGAGCACGCAGACCUUCCCCAAAAUGCAGACAGCUUUUCCCUGUAGCUCACCCGGCCCCGCCAGUAAGGUCCCCAGCAUCACACUCACUGUCCAAAAAGACCAAACCACAGCUAGAAUCACUUGCUCUGUCCUCUCCUCGCCAGCAAAGAAGGUGUGGCCACACCAUCCGGUGUAUCUAGAAGGAAGGAGUGGGUUUCAAAUCUUCCCUCCCCCAGAGCAUCAGGCAUAGGAAAACUGAUACCAAGAAAACACUCUCUCUGGAAAUCUGUAUCUCAACCUAUUUCAUACUUCAUUCCUCCCUUGGGAAGCCAUACAGUAGAGGCCAGACGCAGCCAAAGGGACUAGAACUAGUGGAGCCCAGGGCUGGACGAAACCUCCCAGAUAGUUACAGGGUCUAAACUUAGGAAUCAUAUUUACCUGCCACCCGGUUCCAGUUUUUUUCAUUUGUUAAAGAAUACAUUUCUAAACCUCAGACCACAUCAACUCUGGCCAUCACUGCCCCUCCUUAAACAAUUGUAAUUCAUCCUUUAGAAUCUUUCACAGUCAGAAAAGAGGGUCGCUUAGGCACGAAUAAGCCAUGACUGUGUGCUCUGCUGAUUUUGGUCACCGUCUUGAAGGAGACAGUGCUCCCUGGAGUG